AUGGGGAGAAAUGGAGAAUUCAAGACCGGUAUGCUUCUGUCAUUUGCACCACCAACUACCAAUAUGUUACUGCAGAUUAUAGAUCAUGACCUACUUUGUGACUCCAGUUUAACUGUUAAGGUGAACUGGUCAACUCUUAUUCACUCGAACCUAAAAGUCAAUGCCCAGUUACUAAAAAAACUUAACAUUUGGUGCCGAAACCCGGGAGGAGAUCGAGCCCCUGCAACAGCACGGAGGCUCUCUCCUCUUCCGUCGGACUGGAACUCCGCUCUCUCUCUCUGCUGGGGUCACCGGACUCCUUGCGGUGAGUGUUCCCUGGUUUCCGACCCUCUCCCGGGGCGCCCUGUCCUAAUCGCGGCCGCGUCAGGGCAAACCCUCCUCCGCCACCUGGUGGCUCCGCGGUUCCGGGGAGUAAAGGAGACGUCCUUACUCCACGGUGACCACUUCUGUAAGCAGCAGCUCAAUUCACAGUCGAGGGGACGCCCUCCUCCAAGUCUUGAGCUGAUACGGGAAGGAGCCAUGGGAACCUCCCAGUCCAAAUUCGAUUCCAAAACGCCUUUAGGAUGCCUACUGGCUAAUCUCCGAACUCUGGAGUUAGACCAGGAUUUACGAAGGCGACGCCUUAUCCAUUACUGUACCGUCGCUUGGCCUCAAUAUCGGCUGAAUAACCAAGCGCAAUGGCCACCUGAAGGCACUUUUGAUUAUCAGAUACUUAUGGACCUUGAUAAUCUCUGUAGACGCCAAGGCAAAUGGUCUGAGGUGCCCUAUGUCCAGGCUUUCUGGACCCUGCGCUCCAGACCAGAACUCUGCUCUAGCUGCUCAACCUUUCAGGUACUCCUAGCCCGCUCUCCCCCGCCGACUCUUCCCCACUCCACCUCUAGAGACUCCAACUUGGCCCCUCCAUCCCCCCUCGUGGAGCCUCCUGAAGAUCUCUCCAGGCCCCCUGUAAGGGCCCCACACCUGUCUCCUCCUCCCUACCAACCGGCUCCCCAACAACCUGUGUCCCCGACUCCUUCCUCAAUCUCCGAAACUCCAGGCCCAGGCCCAGCCUCGAGCAUACCCUCUCCAACCGUUCCUCUCCUCCCAGCCCCAGAACCUCAACCACCUUCCAGCCCCCUCCCUUCUCCUCCUAUCUCUGCCCGUACCAGAUCCAAAAACUCUUCCCCGGACCUGGUCUGCCCCUUGAGGGAGGUUGCAGGGGCUGAAGGGGUUGUCCGAGUCCAUGCGCCCUUUUCUCUACAAGACCUAUCCCAAAUAGAAAAACGCUUAGGUUCCUUUUCGGCCAAUCCCGACAACUACAUCAAGGAAUUCCAAUACUUGGCGCAGGCCUAUGACCUAACCUGGCAUGACUUACAUGUCAUCCAGACCACCACCCUCACCACUGAGGAGAGGGAACGUAUCCAGGCUGCUGCCCGGGGACACGCUGAUCAGGUCCACCUUACCGACGCCACAAUGGCGGUCGGUGCUCAGGCGGUCCCCGCCGUAGAGCCAGGCUGGGAUUACCAAGACGGUCAAGAUGGCCGCCGGCGCCGCGACCACAUGGUCCGAUGUCUCAUCGCUGGCAUGCGGGCGGCCUCCAAUAAGGCCGUAAAUUAUGACAAGAUCAGAGAAAUCAUACAGGCCCCUGACGAAAACCCGGCUAUAUUCCUUAACCGGCUGACCGAGGCAUUAAUUCAGUACACUCGCUUGGACCCGGCCUGUCCCGCGGGGGCCACGGUUCUAGCCACACAUUUUAUCUCUCAGUCAGCCCCAGAUAUCCGCAAAAAAUUAAAGAAAGUCGAGGAAGGCCCUCAGACCCCCAUUUCUGACCUAGUGAGAAUGGCAUUUAAGGUCUUUAACUCCCGUGAGGAAGCCGCAGAGCUGAAGCGACAGGCCAGACUCCAGCAGAAGGUUCAGCUACAAACCCAGGCCUUGGUAGCAGCCCUGCGGCCGCGGCUCCAGGAGCCAGCAGAGAGGGGGACCCACCCGCACCCCACCGGGGGCCUGCUUCAAAGGCGGGGCUGAAGGCCAUUGGGCCCGUCAGUGCCCCAACCCGAGGGCACCAACUCGACCAUGCCCUCUCUGCCAUUUGAUGGGCCACUGGAAAUCCGACUGCCCUAGCCUCAGGGAAUCCUCGGCGCCUCAACGCGGGGGAAGACCCGAGACGAUGGCAGCUCCUUCCUGGCUGCGGAUGGUCGGAGACACGCCGCCUAUGCUGUAGUCACCCCAGAGACGGUAGUGGAGACAGUCCCCCUCCCA